AUGUAUUGGUUUAUAUUUCUAUUUCAGAAUAAAUUUAAUAUUGUAUCAUUGGCGUUUCGUACUGAUAAAUACACCCUAGAUAAACGACUGGAGAUACAGGAGAGAGCUCGCGAUAUUAGUGAACAAAACGUAGAUCAAGAAUUAUAUGGGUUGAGAGAGGCUGUAGAUUUAUUAAAUCACCUAUGUACUGAUGGACAGAUUAGAGAUGUAAUCAGUAAAAUAAAGAAUCAUAUUGACGUACUGGAGCAAUGUGCUGCCAGAGUAUCGAGUCGAGCGGAAGUUUUAGGAGCAGUGCAGCAGGAACGUAGAAUGUGUCGAGCUAUGGAAGUGAUGAUAGCUCACGUUGACAAUCAGAAGAGACUUUACGAGAAAGAUCAUUCAGAGCUAGAAGAAGCCAGGUUUGAUUUUAAAUUUUUUCUUUCAAAUUUCUAUGUUAGUCUAGUGUGA